GAGCAACAGCGCCAGGAGGGGGCGGGGGGAAGGAGUACACGUUUGGCCGCGAGGAGAAGGAUCACCACCCCAUCUCCUGUGUGUUUGAUCUACAAUGAGUGCCAAAUCUUCUAUCAACAAAGAGAUUUUUGCUCCGCAUGAUGAAAGGAUGCUGGGAGCGGUCCAAGUAAAAAGGAGAACGAAGAAAAAAAUUCCUUUCCUGGCAACUGGGGGUCAGGGUGAAUAUUUAACCUACAUCUGCUUGUCAGUGACAAACAAGAAACCUGCACAGGCAUCUAUUACAAAAGUCAAACAGUUUGAAGGUUCCGCAUCUUUUGUACGAAGGUCACAGUGGAUGCUUGAACAGCUUCGUCAGGUUAACGGUAUAGACCCUCAUCGGGAUUCCCCAGAAUUUGAUUUACUAUUUGAAAAUGCUUUUGACCAAUGGGUAGCGAGCACAGCUUCUGAAAAAUCUACAUUCUUUCAAAUUCUCCAUCACACCUGUCAGCGGUACCUUACCGACAAAAAGCCAGAAUUUGUUAAUUGCCAGUCUAAAAUUAUUGGAGGAAACAGCAUACUACAUUCGGCAGCCGACAGCGUGACCAGUGCAGUACAGAAGGCAAGUCAGGCUUUGAAUGAGCGUGGGGAAAGGCUAGGCCGAGCAGAAGAGAAAACAGAGGAUAUGAAGAACAGUGCUCAGCAGUUUGCAGAAACUGCACACAAGCUUGCCAUGAAGCACAAGUGUUGAAAAUGCCUAAUGUAGAGAUCUUUCCAAGAGGAACUGAAAAGCUAGGUUCAUCAAUUUUUACUGGAGAUACAACCUCAUGCCUGCUUUUUCCUACAAUUCAGUGAAGCCCAGUUUUUUCAGUUACUAUGUGGGAAAUGAGUCGCCUUCCUACCUUUUCUAUUGCUAAGCCAUUCAGCAAUAUCAUUUUAAAAACAAAACAAAAACAAAAUUAUUUAACAUUAAGAAGUUGUGUUGACAAGGACCAAAGGAAAUACUCUACCACAUUGAUCUGCAACAUCCCACUGCUUCCAGUAUUAAGCAGGAACAACUAUAUUGAUCUACAAGAAAAAUUACCAAAUAGAAAUAAAGUCCAACUAAUUGUUUUAUAAUUGCUUCUUAGAACAAUUUUUGGAGUUUUACGGUUCUGUCACUAGCAAAAUAGAAUGGUUUCUGAUGAAAAAUAGCCAGACUUCUCAUUUCUGCCAUUUUUAGUUAACACAUUUUGCAUGUGCCAUCGCAUUGCUGUGCAAAUCUGAAUGUGAAAUGUAACCCUGCUAUCAACACUACACUUCCAAAACAACAGUUUCUUUGCCUUUUGCCAUUUUUCUCUCUCUUUACUUUCUGGAUUUAUUAUUUGGACCAUAUAAUAAUGCCACCAGGAAAGGACACUUCAGUUGUUAAGACAUAAGAGAAUUCUGAUGAUUAAAACUCUAAAUGCCUCUACAUUUAAUCUGAAAUGUAGCAAUCAAAUUAUAAAAUAAUAUUUCCAUUUGUAAAGGAUCCUUUUUCUU